UCCGAAGUGGCUUGCGUGAGCCGAGAAGGCUCAGGAUACACCCCCGGGACUGUGGCCCAGCUGUGUAGAUCUCACAGGCCAGGGCCCCCCGCUGCUGCUCCCCUGCGCUGUCACCACUGUCCUCCCUCCGGGCCCAGACAGGAUGGCCCCUAAGCGACAGGCAGGCCGCGGCAAGAGGAGCUUCCCACCCCCGGACAAGAGUCGGUGUGUACAGGUUCCGGGCCGCGGGGGCGGGCCGCAGGCCCCGGGCCGCGGGGGCGGGGGCGGGCCGCAGGCCCCGAGCUCAGACCGAAGGGAUGAUGCUUCAGGCGGGGGUUUGUCUGGCCCGAGGGAAUACCCUCAGAGCAUCAUCUGGGCCCUGUGCCAACACAAGCAGGGCCGAGCUCCUCAGGCAUCGUUCCAGCAGUGUCUUCAGCAGACCUUUUUGCACUCCCUGGGCUCCUACCGCCUUUUCCGCACAGCCAGCCCCUUUGACCGGCGAACAACGUGCCUGGAGUGGCACCCCACUCACCCCAGUACCCUGGCCGUGGGCUCCAAGGGUGGCGACGUCAUCCUGUGGGACUAUGAAGUGCUAGACAAAAUCUGCUUCAUUAAAGGGAUCGGCGCAGGAGGCUGCAUCACCGGGAUGAAGUUUAACCCCCUCAAUACCAACCAGUUGUUCUUCUCUUCAGUGGAGGGCUCCACCAUCCUGAAGGACUUUGUGGGCAACACCAUUCGAGUUUUCGCCAGAACAAACACUUGGGACAAUUGGUACACCAGUGUGGACGUGUCUGCCACCAACCGGGUGGUGGUCACUGGAGACAGUGUGGGCAAUGUGAUUUUGCUGAACAUGGAUGGCAAAGAGGUCUGGAAUCUUCGACUGCACAAAAAGAAGGUGAGCCAUGUAGCUCUGAAUCCUCACUGUGACUGGUUGCUGGCCACAGCCUCAGUGGACCAAACUGUGAAAAUCUGGGACCUGCGCCAGGUCAGAGGGAAAUCUUGCUUCCUUCACUGGAUGCCUCAUGAGCAUGCUGUCAAUGCAGCUUGUUUCAGUCCAGAUGGGGCCAGACUCUUGACCACAGACCAACACAGUGAGAUCCGCGUGUACUCAGCAUCCCAUUGGGCAAGCCCCCAGCUUCUCAUUCCGCACCCUCAUCGUCACUUCCAGCACCUCACACCCAUCAAGGCAACGUGGCAUCCUCGAUUUGAUCUCAUCACGGUGGGGCGGUACCCAGACCCCAAUUUUCCAGGUUUCACUCCUUACGAGCCUCGGACAGUUGACUUAUUUGAUGGGACCUCGGGGAAGAUGGUGUGUCAGCUUCAUGAUCCAGACUGCUCUGGCAUCAUCUCGCUAAACAAAUUUAAUCCCAUGGGGGACACCUUGGCCUCCACAAUGGGGUACAACAUUCUUAUCUGGAACCCAGAGGAGGCCGUGAGAAGGAAGCAGGAGGGACUGAUCAAGGCCAUGAGCGAACAUGGAAUAGGGAGGGACUGUGCAGCCCACCGGAACUCCCGACGCAGGCGAAGCCGGAGAGGCCCAACCUCUAGCAGAGAGCAGCCAAAAUGUCCACGGCUACAAGGGGAUGCAAGAAGCAAAGGCAAAGGAAAGGAUCCAAGGCCCUGAGGGAUUGAGUCCCUGCUGCAGUGAGCACAGGUCAAGGCCCUUUUCUCUGGAAGGCUGGGACUCAAAUGUUGAGAAGUAAGGCUGGGAGAUAGCAAUUGUCUCCCCUGGGUUUGCCUGCCAGGCUGGUGAUUUCCUUUUUUGUUGUUGAUGGUCAAUAAAGUAGUAUCUAUUUUUUUUUGGGGGGGGGGACAAAAACAAACCAAAAAACCCCAAUCCUUAAAAAUGGAUUCAUGUACAUGAAGAGUAGGCCUGAUUUUGUCCCUGGCACUGUAUUAACUCCCAUUUGGGCCUCUUUCCCUAGCACUGCCCAAAAUAGUCAGUGUGGCAGGGCCAGAAGGGAGGUCACUGGAGGGAGGGCCAAGUGCUGCCAGACCUUCCAAAAAGAUCUAGUUUUGUGCAUCUCUGUGACUUCUGGAUUAAGGAAGCAAUUGAUGUCCACAAAUGCCUGUUGCUAUGGGAAGGGUCAGUACAUUAGGGAGUGCUCACUAAUUCUUUGAAUUCUUGGAAAGAACCUGGUUUUGCUUAGCUCUCAGAUAGAGAGGCAAGGAAAUGUGCUCCUAAUUCAUGUGCUAGACCCUAAAAGGUGUGUGGUGGGGGUAGGGGGAGGGCAGAAAGAGAGGUUGCAGCAGCUUACUCCCAACAAAAUUUUUGUUGUUCAGUCACAUCUGGCUCUUCAUGACUCCAUUUGGGAUUAUCUUGGCAAAGACAUUAGAAUGCUUUGCCAUUUCCUCCUCUGGCUCAUUUUACAACUUGGGAAACUGACACAAACAGGUUAAGUGACAUGCCCAGGGUCACAUAGCUAGGAAAUGUCUGAGGCUAGAUUUCAGUUCAGGAAGGUGAGCAUUCCUGACUCCAGGCCUGGCUCUCUAUCUAAUGUGCCACCCAUGUCAUUCCACCUGAAAUUCCAACCAACUGGCCCUUGCCUUUGGAUGAAAACAUUGCCUCCAAAAGGCCCCUAUAGAUGUAAAUAUGUGUCCUGGAAAUUAGCUCACUAGCAUGUAGUAUAUGUAUAUGUGCAUAUAUAUAUAUAUAUGUAGUAUAGUGUAGACUUCUUUAGCACAGUGGAGAGGUGGAAUAUAGUUUCAAGUCCCACCUCUGAUACAUUCUGGUUGGGUGACAGUCAUCAAGGGGAUGGCCACUGGGAAGACCAGGCAGGGAAUAAAUGUCUGGAAACUGGAAAUCUGUGGUUUGUGCGCAAAUAAAAAGAGAAGCUUGGAGUGCUAGGCCUACACCUCACCUACGUUCAAGUGUCGCCUCUGAAACUGCCUCAAAACAAGUGCAUCUCUCACGACACCCCAAUCUCCCUGACCAGGUAGGGCAGCGUAGUCUCUUGAAUUCCUGAUAUUAGCAAAAAUGUACAACAUGUCUUUCAUCUCAAAGGUCAGGGGAAUUUCACUAAAGGGGAAAAAACUACUCAUGUGUGAAUGACUAAGAAAAAAAAUGCCCCUCGAUAGUUCUUAGCCUGUGGGAUAUUUGAAAGAGAUCUGAAGAGUAUCUUCAGUGGCCAAGACCUUGACUUCUCCAGAUAAAAAUCUAGUUGAAAGGUAGACUCAGAAAGCAUUUAGAAAGCAUUUUGGUGUUUGGAGCUGAGGGAAGGAUGCUGGGGCCAAUCCUCUUUUCCUCCAAGUCAGUAUUCAUUCUCCUUGAGGAAAUAUCCCUCCCUCCUUUCUCUGGAGAAGUAUGAGAUUAUGGGUGAGGAAUAUUGCCUACCCUCGAGGACAUAGGUGACUUCUUGACUAGAUUGGCUGAAAUACUUUAUUCUUCUUUGUAUUGUUUUAUUACAAGAGCUUGACACUGGAUAGGUCAGGGCAAAGGUUAUAUUUAGAAAUGAACAUGAUGGGAAAACAAAAGGCACUAAUGAAAAUAAGAUAAAAAAAUGACAGGUCAAGGUGGACUAACUUCAUUUCAUUUUGAGUCCUGAAAGGUGGCAAUUGUGUAGUUAUGUGGUCCUACCACUCCUAGAGUAGUGGAACUUAUACUUUAGUUACCUUGGUCCCAAUAAGGCACUUCGUUAAGUUUGUCAAAUAGGGACCAACAAAAGUGGAAGCUAGCAGCAACUGGGGAUAUUAGAAUCCCUUGGCCACCUACAGCCAAACUUGUUUCUCUCAGUCCCCCAAAGAGUUGCUGGAUGGUGAUAAUGGCAUCAGAAACCAGGGCAUUCAGCUUGAGGCCAGUCACCAAAUCUCAUUAGUAUCACCUUAGGCAUUCAAGCCCUUCUGCACUUGCCAUUUAUCAGAUCUUUUAAAAAACAAAGAUUCUUCUUUCUGGUAUAUGUGUAUAUAUAUAUAUGUGUGUGUGUGUGUGCGUGGUUUGUAUGUGUGUAACUGUAGUUUCUAGGGUGAAAUUAAUGUGUGGGAGUAACAGGGUUGGGAGAACAAUAUGCUAUCUGCUACAUCUUGGCUCCGUAGGCUAUUCAGGGGCUGACACUCAGUUGGGGGACAAUGUAGUACAUUUAACUACAUUAGCAACUAUGGUAACCUAAAGCUUAGAUUUUAUCUCAGCCCAGAAAUUGCAAGGUCUGGGAAGCAUUAACCUUCUAUAGCCCUCCAUUUGGGGUCCAUUCAGCCAAACUAGAGAUGCACAAUGAUUUCCAAAUAAUAGAUUUGAGACUGCCAGGGAAUGAGAUAUUUUUAGAACCUAUGUGUAUUCAUUCUGUAACUGUCACCCUCACCCCUACAACAGAGAAUCUUGUGUAUCAGGAAAUAGAAACAUGAGCCAAGAUGGACCAGAAGAACAGUGCAAGUGUGAUUUGGCCAUUGGUCAUGAGUCUCCGAACACCCCCGUGUUAGCCCUCUGCCCCUAUCAUCAAUUUCAGAAAAGGUGUUGAUGGACAUUGCUGUGUUUCCUCAAAGAUUUGGGUCCUUCACCCAAUUGGGACCAUUCUAACAGUCCUUUAUUGAUGUUGUAAGUGAUGUUCUGAGUUCUUGAGCUGCUAUUGGCUAACCCAGUGGAUCCUGGGUGAUUUCAAGUGAGCUCACUGAAAAUGUUGAAAAGCUAUUUUAGGGGAAUAAGCUUUAAAUGCGCAAGUCUUUUUCAUCCUUAUACUUCUCUAACUGGCAUUGGAAAUCAGGAAAUUAAAUACAAACAAAAACAGAGGGAUUGGACUGGAAAUUCAGGACUCUGUCAAAUUUCUGAAGAUUUCACAUAAUCUUUUCCAUCAGCCCCUCAUGGAUUUAGGCUAGUUUUCAUCAUCCCUGGCAGAAGUUGAAAAGUUUGAAUUUCCUUUGUGUUACUCAAAAUUUCUGCUCAAUGUACAUUCAACUUUUUUUUUUCAGUAAAAGCAUCAGUUAUAUAAAAAAGCUAUGUUUCUGGCAUAAUCUGACCCCAUGUACUAAGUUUACAAAAUGGUUACCAUUUUAAGCACAUGAUUACCGUGCAUCACCCACUGAAGAAGUCAAUUUUACAGAAGUGAGGUAGCAAAGGAGCUAGAAUUAAUAAAGUCUUAGAACAAAAA